GAUACGACUUCAGCUUGACGGUCAUUGGAAUGAGAAUUACGGAGGAAACCCUGAUUCACACAGAAUAAGCCAGUCCGUACUAGUUUAGGGAUAAGAGAAGAAAGGUAUGGUUUCAGGUAUCUUAGUGACUGUAUCUGGAAUUUGAAACAGAGAAAGUGUGAUUCUAAAAGAUUUGAGUUGGAGGAACCGUUGGAAUCGAGUUGCAACACCCAUACCCCUUGAGUCCCCCCAAAACUCCUGGAAUUGAGAUUUACUAGUUUAGGGUUCAUGGGCGAGCAAGUAGAGUCUUCUGGCGUCUUGGAUAGAGUAAGUAGUUUGCCCGAUCAUAUUCUUUGUCGAAUUUUAUCCCUCCUUCCCAUCAAAGAUAUAGUUCGAACCUCAAUUAUUUCACUCAGGUGGAGGCAUCUCUAUGCUUCCUCAGUGUCUAUCAUUGAUUUUAAUGAUGGUUUAUCAUGUCAACCCGUGCUUACUGAAAAUGAUAACAACUUUCUAAAUUUUGUUGACAGAUUCCUUUCUAACCCCAAGCAGUUAAGUUUAGAAUGCUUUAGGGUGAAUGACUAUUGGGUGAGGAAGCAUGGCAUUCCACGGGAUGAGAGUUAUUUACGCCUUAAUGGCUGGAUAUGCGCUGCACUGUGGUGUGGUGUUAAGGAAAUUGAUAUUGAAUUUGGAUUUCUAGAUGUUUUUACUUUACCAACUCUUAUGUUUAAUUGUCAUUCAAUGGUGACGUUGACAUUGAAUGAAGGUGAUAUGAAGGUUCCGUCUAACACUUGUUUGCCAAAUCUGAAGACUAUACAUUUUGGGUGCUGCACAUUUUGGGAUAGUUGUUCAGUUCUUCGGUUAAUUUCCAAUUGCCAUGUCCUGGAAAAUUUGGAAUUUAUUUGUUGCGAUUUUUUUUACAUAAGUGAGCUCAAUAUCCGUAACCUUUCCCUUAAGUGGCUGGUUUUAGAUUUUGCUGCGAUGUAUGUUGGAUCUCAAUCUCACAGAGAUUUCAAUGUCAUCGGGAUUGAUACCCCAAAUCUUGUUUAUUUCAAAUAUGUUGAUGCAACGGUUGAAGGCUAUACGUUAAGUGACAUGAAAUCUCUAGAAAAAGCUGAUAUUGAAAUCACUCUGUUAAAUAGUGUGGAUUAUGAACGUGCAACAAAUCUUCUCAAGGGAAUUUUCAAUGUACAGUGUCUUUGUUUAACCAUUGAAGAUUGUUCUAAAACGUUUUUUCUGACGCCUCUUGAACCAGUUCUUGAAUUUAACAACCUCGUUGACCUGGUAAUUCGUAAUUUUGAUAAUGAUGAUUGGGAAGGAACGUGGAUUGUGGAGUAUCUACAUUGCACGCCUAAUCUAAAGACGCUUACCCUGGAAUUGGUUAUGGAAAGAACGUCAGCAGAAGGGUUCAGGUCAUUGCCUACAACUGUGCCUUUGUGUUUGUUAUUUCACAUCAAGGAGAUUGAAAUCAUAUACUUUGACGGAGAGGAGAAUAUGUUUGAAAUGAUUAGCUAUUUCUUGAAACAUGCAUCAGUUCUGGAGAAGCUUGUAAUUGAAAAUAUUGGCCCGAGGGAGAAAGAAAAGUCGACUGUCAUUGAAGAAGUAUUGAGUUUACCGAAGAAAUCAAAAAAAUGUGUAAUUGUGACUCCCUAAUAUUUCAUUUUGUCCCGUCUAUUUUGUUUUGUUUUAGAGACUUAUUUUCUCGAUUGGUUUGGUUUGUAAACACUUUUUGUUGUAAGUAGCAAAUGCAAUGUGAUAUUUUGUUGUAAGAACCUGAUUUCAACUGAUGAAUUGGAUCGCAUGAUAAAUACUAACGAGGGAGGUAUAAAGGCUUCAGCUGACGGAAAUAGGGAGGGAAUUACAGUUUACACAGAAGAAGAAGCGGGUAAGAGAGAUGCGGUUUAAAGUAAUGGGGAAUGGAAGAACACAAACCACUGCUGCUUGAAGAAAGGUAUGGUUUCAGAUAUAUUGGCUACUGAUAGUGGACACAGAAAAAGAGAUUGGAUGAUUCUAAAAGACUUUAGUUGGAGGAACUGUUGAAAUUAGAUUGCAACGUCCAUGGACCUUAAAGCACCCAAAG